GGAGAGAGAAAAGGAGAGAGAGAGGAGCGGGAGGCAAAGAGAGCUGGAUUGCUGGUGGCUCACUCCCACACCUCAUCUUCACUUUGCUGGGACAGGCACAGAAUUGAUGUCCAAGGAGGCAGAGUUGGAUGUGAAAGGCAGUGAGUGUGACACAGUCCCACCAGAGCCCAGCAGAGACCCAGAGCCGCCCAGGCCACCUCCAGCUAAGGCUAACGGACCCACAGACACAGCUGGCGUUUGCACGAGCAUCACCUCCAGUAGCCACAGUAGUAGCAGCAGCACCACCAGCAGCAGAAGUGGUCUGGGUGGCGUAAGCAUCGUUAGCAGCAGCGCUGAGGGAGCAGGCGCAAGCUCCAUGCAGUUCAGCACCAGACCGCCUAGUGCUGAGCAGCCGGGCUUCAUGGGGACAUGGCAGCAGCAGAGCACUGACAGCAACCUCCUCUACAGAAUGUCCCAGCAGGCCAUUCGCUGCACACUGGUGAACUGCACGUGUGAGUGUUUCCAGCCAGGGAAGAUUCACCUACGAACAUGUGACCAGUGCAAACAUGGCUGGGUAGCUCAUGCUCUGGACAAACUCAGCACCCAGCAUCUUUACCACCCGACCCAGGUGGAGAUCGUUCAGUCCAAUGUAGUGUUUGACAUCAGCAGCCUGAUGCUGUACGGCACCCAGGCGGUACCUGUCCGGCUCAAGAUACUUCUCGACCGCCUUUUCUCCGUGCUCAAGCAGGAGGAGGUGCUGCACAUCCUGCAUGGCCUGGGCUGGACCCUCCGAGACUAUGUUAGGGGCUAUAUACUGCAGCUGGUUCUAAUAGUCAGCUGGUGGGAGCACUGUUGCUCAACUGCUCAGCCUCAUGUCACGCUACUGACUAAAUCCUCUAGAUCUCCUCAGAAGGGCUUCAAAGGGGCCGCGGCCACAGAGAAGCAGCCAGUCACUUAA